GGCGCUGCAAUAUUUUUUUUCCGGUGGUUGGUUCCCUGCUUCUCACCACCCGGGCCCUGCGCCCUCCGCCCCGCGGCCCACGCCGCAGGGCCGCCGCCGCCGCCGCCGCCGCCGCCAUGAAGAAGUUCUUCCAGGAGAUCAAGGCUGACAUCAAGUUCAAGAGCGCGGGACCCGGCCAGAAGCUUACGGACUCCGCAGGGGAGAAGACCUCCAAAGAAAAGUCACCACAGCCGGUCAUCCGCCAGCCCCGCCAGGGUCCCACUGAUGAGGCCCAGAUGGCUGCUGCUGCUGCCCUGGCCCGGCUGGAACAGAAGCAGCCUCGAGCCCGGGGCCCCACAUCUCAGGACUCCAUCCGGAACCAGGUGAGAAAGGAACUUCAGGCUGAAGCCACCUCCAGCAACAGCCCAGCUGCUCGGACCAACUUGGUACCUGAGUCCAAAGAGGAACUGUCUUCCCACUUGGCAGUGCCUGGUGUGUACUUCAUCUGUCCGCUCACAGGUGUCACCCUGAGGAGGGACCAGCGGGAUGCUCACAUCAAGGAGGCCAUCCUGUCGCACUUUUCCAUGGACCCUGUGGCUGCCUCUAUCAUGAAGAUACAUACGUUCAACAGAGACCGGGACCGCGUGAAGCUGGGUGUGGACACCAUCGCCAAGUACCUGGACAAUAUCCAUUUGCAUCCAGAGGAAGAAAAGUACCAGAAAAUCAAACUGCAGAACAAGGUGUUCCAGGAGCGCAUCAACUGCCUAGAGGGGAGCCAUGAGUUCUUCGAAGCCAUUGGCUUCAAGAAGGUGACACUGCCUGUGCCAGAUCAGGAAGGCCCCGAGGAGUUCUAUGUGCUGGGUGAGGACGCACGGGCGCACCCACAGAGGCUGGAGCAGCACAAGCAGCGGUUGCUGGGCGCGGAGCCAGUGCGGGCCACACUAGACCGGCAGUGCCGGGUCUUCCGUCCCUCGGCCCUGGCCUCACAUUUCGAGCUCCCUGCUGACUUCUUCAGCCUCACAGCCGAGGAGGUAAAGCGUGAACAGAGGCUCAGAACGGAGGCGGUAGAGCGGCUGAGCUCGCUUAGGACCAAGGCCAUGCGGGAGAAGGAGGAACAGCGGGAGCUGCGAAAGUACACCUAUGCCCUUCUGCGUGUGCGCCUGCCAGACGGCUGCCUGCUGCAGGGGACCUUCUAUGCCCGGGAGCGGCUGCCAGCACUCUUCCGGUUUGUGCGUGAGGCACUGCAGAACGACUGGCUGCCAUUUGAGUUGCGCGCCUCAGGCGGGCAGAAGCUGGUAGAGGACGAGGCUCUGGCCCUGAACGAGUGCGGGCUGGUACCUUCCGCCCUGCUGACCUUUUCCUGGGAUGCUUCGGUAUUGGAGGACAUGAGGGCUGCAGGGACUGAGCCAGCCACAUGUGUCUUGAGGCCUGAGCUGCUUGCAACCAUCGAGCAACUCUCCUGAAUAAAAGCUGGCUUGGCCUGGGGUGGUGCUGCCUCGUGCUGUUCCCAAACCCAUUCCUUUCCUUCUGAGCCCCCAGCAACAGGAGGGACACUAGUGUUGGAAACAAGGUCCCAUUUUGGGAGCUAAUUCUCUGUAGGCUGCAGGGGACAGACCUGAGGAGUGUGGAGCCUCAGCCCUCUGGUGCCAUCUUGGAGCGCAGCACAGUGGGAUGGGCCUCUCUGUGGCAAGAGUGGGUCUGUAGCACAGGCACAGGCCCCACAGGCUGUGGAUGGAGCAGCUUGCCCCAUGCCUGGGCUGGAGAUAGCAGGAAGGGCAGGGGCCUGGCACAUGGAGCUGUAAUUCCUAAGUUAUAACCCAAAUAAACAAGCUAUUUAAACCCA